UCGUUGACUCUCGUCCCAUACUGUCACUCCCAGCGCUGGUCCCUCCCUGUCACCCACCAAAACAGCAGUUCACCCAUUGAUCAACCAACAUACAUCGCGCACCCACCCACCACCACUGGAAGGAAAUUAACAACAAAAGGGAGCGCACCCGCAACGGGGCCAGUCGCCAAACAUGGACAUCGCCAAAACCCUCAUCCGCUGCGUCAUGCGCGCCUUCUACAGCACGCAAGAGAUCCUGAUCAUUGACGCCCUUGUCCAGCACUCUUGCCUCCGCGACGACGACCUCGGUCAUCUGAUGAAGCUGGGCAACAAAGACCUACACAAAGCGUGCGCCGGCCUCCGCGACGCCCGCUUCCUGGUCGUGCACACGCGACCCGAGCUCCAGGCGGGAAAGACGCGCCCGCAGAACAAGACGUACUACUACAUCGACUACCGACAGACCAUCGACGCCAUCAAGUGGCGGGUGUACAAGACCGACAAGGACAUGCAAGGGAUUGCCAAGCCGUCCGAGGAAAACAAGGAGUACGUGUGCCCGCGCGUGGGUUGUGAAGCGCAGUGGAGCCAAAUGGAGGUUCUCGACUCGGUCUCCUCGCGCGGGUUUACCUGUCAAAGAUGCGGCGCCGUGCUGGAGCAGGCCAAAGAGCGCGAGGCCCCCGGGCAUCAGCAGUUGUCGAGGAUGAACAACCAGUUCAAGUUCAUGACGGAUAUGCUGCAGGAGGUCGACAAGGUAGUCAUACCCGAAUGCAACUUUGAUCUGGCACUGGCGAAUGCCAGGCCCAUCGUCAGACUGGAGACGCACGAGGUGGCGCCUAGCGUGCCGGUGGACACGGCGCUCAACAAGCCGAGCGCCGUCAAGGGUUUGGCCAAUACGGGCCCCAAGACGAUGCAGGUGAUCAUCUCGACGGGCGAUGACGAUGCGGAGCAAGCGGAGGCGGCGAGGAAGAGGCAGGAGGAGCUGCUGAGGCAGAAUGCGCUGCCGGAAUGGAUCACGUCCAGCUCGGUACCGACGACGGGCGGAUUCAAGGGUAGCGGUCCGGCUGCUGCGUCGCUGCUUGAUUCGUCGUCGGCGGUUAAGGAUGAAGCGGCGGUUAAGGAUGAACCUCCAGCUAAGAAGGUCAAGAUGGAGAUCCAGGGCGAUAUCUCUGUCAAGGAUGAAGAGCACAUGCCUAUGAGCUUCAACAUGGAGGGCGGCGAUGAGGAGGAGGAUGAUCUCGAGUUUGAGGAUGUUAUGUGAGCAGAAUAAACAGGUCUGGCACAACUCAAAGGGAGAAAAGAACGAGAAUGAAAGGCUCUAAGGAGCCUAGCGAAAGACACGAACUUUAACAUGCAUUGGCGGGAACAUCAUCGAUCACUCUAUGAUCACGAUGGCUACUAUGAUAUGAGGUGGGCCAUAGAGUCGCUUCAUGCGGUCCUUGGACGUAAAAAUUACCGCACGAAACCACAAACUACAUCAGAUUGGUUUUACCAGACAAGAUUGGGAAUGA